CUUUAUCGAAUUGCAACCCUUUCUAUUAAAAGUUCCAUCACUAUUGGUACCACGCCAAUACUUUUGAUUUGAGCAGUGAAAGACAUAAACAUAAACAUGCAAUUCUUGUGUAAAUUGAAAAGUUUCGAAGGUGGGCUUCCUCCAGUGUUGGAGGAAUGGGUCGUGACAAAGAAGGAAAAUCUGGAAACAGGCUCUUGCUUGUUUUCCAGUAAUUUCCAAUUAAUGGAUGCAGCGGAAGAUCCAUUUUUUUUAAUUUUCGGCGAAUUUCACGUCAAAAAUUUAAAGAAUGCACCCAUUAAGUACAGCAAGUGGAAAAUAUUUUCCAUUGCAUGUGCCAAUCUGAAUGCCGAUGUACAAAUUGUAUAUUUUAAAACAACGACGACUGGAGUCCAAGUAUUGGGCUCCGACUUCAUAAAAGAGUGUGUGCAAUUUGUGCACUCUUUUAUAAAAGAGAGGCCUAAACUGCACAACAAGAUGGCGGGUGCAGUGGCCAACAAGUGUGCCGCCAACAUAAAGGCAAUAUCGUAUCUGCAGAUGCAGGGAAUUCCUGUGCUAUACGAUUUAAGGCACUUUGAAAAUACACUGUUGAGGGGCAGAUAUGUAGAAAAAACAUUCUGUCGCUUCUAUGUUGACCGCACAAUCUGUGAGGCCAACAUUCACGAAACGUUAAAAGUGACGCGGAGUAUUGUGAGAGCGAUUGUUCCCUCCAAUUUGAUUCAUUAUUAUGAAGAUGAACUUCUCAGCCUUAAUUGCUUCCUGGGAAGAAUAUUCAAAUCCUUCUCAGGAAAGAAACUGAGGAUGAGCCAUAUCAACUCAAAUGUAUUUAAAGGAUUAGGUGCAGUGCUCGCUCAGUACAUCCAUCCGGAUGCGGAAGAAGCGUUCGAGAAGUUCAAAGAGCUUCAUGACCCAAAAAAAGCAGUAACGUUUAUGGCAACGUUAACUGCUGUGAGGUCGCAAUUAAUGCAUGCCAUAUUAAGAGAUGAACAAAAGAUAUUAAAAAGACUGCAAAUGAUGGACGACGAUGAUACGCCUGGACCAUCCCAAAGAGCAAGGCUUAAUAACUAACGGGAAGGAAGGAAGGAUGACCCGUGACGCUCAAUGACAGGAAGAAGGAAGGAUGACCCUUGACGCACAGGAUCGUACAGGAUCAGGUAAGUAUAAAGUGGACUAGGCCUCCAGGGGAAACCACUUUAAAAAAAACGCGCCUAUCACUCUACCUCAAAGGUGGUGCGGAAAAGAGUGAUUUAAUGUAUUGCAUAUUUAAUU